GAUAAUAACAUAACACUACAAAUGUAAACUGUUUUAACAAGGUUUUCCUCUCCCCAAGUACGCUGGGCGCUGUGGUUUUUAAGGAUCUCUGUCAGCAACUUUCCCAAACUACAAUUCCCAGGGUUCACUGGGGGAAGCCAUGACAGUUAAACUGGUCUAAAAGUAAUAUGUUUGUGGUGCAGAUCUGCCUUAAAGCUGUCUCUCAUCUGAAACAUUAGCAAAAGAACAGAGUUUAAUUUUCAAAAAAUAGAGCACACACCCCAAAAUAUGGAGGGUACAGCUAAAGGAAUUCAAAUGGAGAGCGUGCAACAAUUCGAAGCUCCAAAUGCAGACAAACCCAUCACUGAAAAUGAGAGUCCGGCUAAAAAGGCCUCCGUGUUCUGCUUUAAGAAAAGGAAGAAGUGUCGAGAAAAGGUAAUGGAGAAAGAUGAGGACUGUGAAUCUGAUUCACUUACCUUAAAGCCUAUGAACCAGCAGCCCAACACUGGAUGCAGCAAGGUAGAAGUUUCAGAUCUGCUAUGGACAUCAGGAGGGACCUGGCUGGCAUUCAAACGCUUUGUGACGUCGAGAAGACGGCCCAAAUCUGCUCUGAAGAAGCAAACUCAGUUUGGGUCCCGUGUACAGCUGGAGACGAACGUGGAAGAUGUUGCCGUGCUGCGUUUUCCUAAGGAAGGCGCCGGUUCCAGCAUUAAAGUUCCUUGCCUGCGUUUCUCCAGAAGCAGGAAGAAAUCCAGCCACCCUGAAAUGACGGAGGAGCUAGAAUGCAGUGAGAAAGCAAAUGAGACAGCAAGCAUUUUGAAUAACCAGAGGAACAGUAAACCAGAGAUGGUGGACGUGGAAGCCCCAGUGAGCACAGAAGAGCCCCCCGGCAGAGCCGUUGAAGAGAAAGAGGGUGACAGUGGAGCGGUAAGAAAUGUAGAAGAUGUGGUUGCCUCUAGCAGAGAGGAUACAUUUGCAGCCGAGAUGAGGCCCAAUCCCAAUCGCUACACAGACUGUGCGGCUCAAUCCGAAAUAAUCCACUCUGAAAAGGUCCUUGAAACAGAAGAUGAGAAGCAAAUCUUUCAGUUGCAUCACGGCAGCCUCUAUGGAAACGCUGAAGGAGAAGAAGGCAAGAAAUUCGAUUUCCAAGUUGAGACAGGGCCCUUUGUUCCCCAGGACUUGGCCGAAAGCCAAUACGGGAUCUUUGGAACAGAAGACACCAAGAACGCGCCUGCCACAGAGGCUGAGUUGGAACAAUUUGCGAGGGACGCUGGCGUUGUGGCCGAUCGGGACGGGGCCAGGGAUGGUAACUCUGUCGAAGUGAUGCUGCACUUCAGCCCACCUACACUGGAAGACGAGGCUUCAAGCGAACUGGUCUGUUCCGACGAGGAGGUAAAAGGCAAAGAAAAUAAGUUUGCGAUGCCUGGAGCAGGCAUUGUGAUUAUGAUCACCGAAGCUGAGGACUACCCGGAUGAAGGGGAACCCAGCUUUGUCUGUGAACCUUUUUCUUUUCCGCAAGCCGGCAAACAGAAAGGGAAGAAGAAAACAAGCAGAGGUCUUGAUUCUGGUGCAGGGGGUUGCAGCAAACCCUGCUCCAACUUCCCGUUGUCCUUUGGCGCCAACGGCCAGGAGCACCGGACUCCGGAGCAGCACGAGGUGCUUCUGAUCGAAACGGCCGCGUCGCUCGUGAAGGCGGCCAUUCAGUCGUCCAUCGAACAGCUCAUUAAUGAAAUGGCCUUGGAGCAAAAUCAACAAAACAGCUUCCUAUGAUCCCAGGAGCUGCUUGGUACACCGUGGCCAGGCCUUGCCGACAGGCAGAGGGAGGCAGCCAGGUUUGAAGUACCGGGCGAGGGCGUCACUCGGAUGUCCUGCGACCGUUGCCAAAAUUAAUUGGUCCGGCCUUGCCGAUUAAUUAUUGUCACCGGAAGUGUAAUGAAGGUUCCUGAUAUAUUUAAACUCCGCAUGAAAGACCAGGCAUGGUCCUGAUCCCUGGGGAAUUUGCAAUGUCUGUGAUUAGCUAUUUUGCAUGUUGGUGACAUGGAUGUGUAUCGUACAAAAGA